GUAGAACUAGUGUCAGUCGGUGUUCGGGGUUGCUACGGUAAACACUGUGAACUGGACACCAUCUCGCUCACACACAAGCAUACGGUAGACGGAAUCAGCUGUUUAGAAUGAUGAAGUUACCAGCCUACCUACUGUUGGUGGUGGUGUCUUGUGCGUCGGCUUCCUUCGGGCCUCUGCCCCCCUCGCUGGACAUCGCCCGUCUGGAGUCCCUGGAGCCGGGAUGCCAGGAGGAUCUAGAGAAGUUACGGAGAGGGCUGGACACUGGGCAGAGGUGGGCGCAGACCAUGUGGGACGCUUCGGUCAAAUCUCCUGUAGGAAUUCUGUCACAGACAGCUGUACAGUUCGGAGACUUUGACGAGUGUUUGACUGUAGAAUCUCCAGUGGCCGCUCAGUUCUGUAUGGCUGAUGUAGCUCCGGGAAGAACUAACAUCACUUUGUGGGCACCGUUCAAGAUGGGUGUGUGUGUGCCUGCAUCGUGCUCAGCUCGUGGACUACAAGACUCACUACAGAUUCUAUUGGCCAAUGGCAGCUCUGACGUCACAGUGCACGUCAUCCCAGAGGCUUGCACUACCAAGGAAACAGUGUCGAGACCAACCACCACUAACGAUCUGAUAUUCAUCCUAAUCGUCACUGGUGCAAUACUGAUUGUCUCUGCUGCCACUGUUCAUGACAUCAUUCUCAACCCAGACUAUGACAAAGUUUCUCCUCCUCGUCGGCUGGUGGAGUGUCUCUCAGCACGUAGGGGAUGGUACAGUCUGUUCCGAGCUGACCCUGACAUGGUACCAGGGGUCAACCUUGGGUCACUCUACGGCCUCCACGCAUGUGCCUUCUUUUUCGUCGUGCUCGGACACCGGUUUGGAGUUCACUUCUUCUUCAUGAGUCUUACAAACUAUAGAGGCGUUGAACAUAUGUUUGUUGGUUCCUGGUUCUCAAUGUGGGUGGGUCACAUGGAUCUCUUUGUUGACAUCUUCUUCUUCAUGUCUGCCUUCCUCUUGUCCCUUGUUUACUAUUCCGAGCUCCACAAACGCUUCAUCAGUCCAGUCAUGGUCUACUUCCACAGGCUCUGCAGGUUAGUACCAGCAUACGCUCUGGUGGUUUUCUUCUACGCCACUCUGCUGCGACAACUCGGCGAUGGACCAAUGUGGAACAUGUUCAUGGAUGUUGAACAAAGCAAAUGCAGAGAUUACUGGUGGACAAACCUGCUGUUCAUCAACACCUACGUCGAGAGUGAAAAUAUGUGCCUCCUACAGUCAUGGUACAUCUCCUGUGACUUCCAGCUGUUUGUGGUCGGCACCAUCUUAGUGUUCAUGCUCCACCAGAGUCCCAAGGCGGGUGCAGUGACUACAGGAUUGGUGUUUCUAGCAUCAACCAUCACUCCCUUCUUGGGUACCUACCUGUACGACAGACCUGCACUACUGCUCUUCUACAAGGAUUUCUGGGCUGAUCCUCGCCAUCAUGACCUCUUCACCUCUAUCUACUCCCAGGGGCAUUACCGAGGCACCUCCUACCUGAUGGGUCUGUUUGCUGGUCUCUACAUCUACAAGCACAGAAAGGAACCUCUGUCUCAGGCUCGUAACCGGGCGCUGCAGAUUGCUGGAUUCGCUUGCUGCUUGUCUGUUUUCUGGAGUGGUUCACUGUUCUACAACACGUCGGCUCCGAUAAGUCCCCUCAUUGCAGCAACCUACGCUGCACUACAUCACUCUGUGUUCGGCCUAGGGUUGGCUCUUCUUCUGGUCUCUUAUACCCUUGGCACCUCUACGUACAUGUCCCAAUUCUUCUCCUGGAGAGGGUUUGUACCGUUCAGUAAGUUGUCUUACUGUGUCUACCUGAUCCACAACAUCCCACAGUUUGUGUGGAUCGCUUCAUCCAGAACUGCAGUGACCCUCAACACUCUUGAGUUGGUCAGCUGGAGCAUUGCGGAUGUUGUCAUCAGUUUAUUGUUCUCUCUCGUUCUUUUUCUCACAAUUGAAACACCUGUUAGAUACUUCAUCAAGUUCAUGGUCACAGCCCCUGCACCUCCAAAGUCCCAAGUUCUUCCUCAGACUGCUGAACCACAAGAGAGGUAUAUCAAUCAAGAUCCUUUCGGCUUCCAAAAGAGGUGAUACAUCAACUUUUAAACAUCAACAUCGCCACUAUCUUGUACAUACAGCAUUUUUCAUUCUUUGAGCUUUAUUACACUGUGUAAAAUUUUUAUUGUCUAUUUUUAAGUUAGUUUUAUCUAUUUUACUUUUUUAUAUUGAAAAAUUAAUGUAUAUUUUUUUACUGAAAUGUCUUUUAUUCAUUAUAGUUUCAGUAUAUCAAAUUAAACAAGUGCAUGGUAAAAACAUUACAAUCCUGUUGUUAAGAAGUAGACAAAAAAAGAUUGUUUCCAAAAUACUAUGGUAGGAUAAUUUAUAUACAUUUCAGAAUUGAAUAGAAUAGUGAAAAACAUUAAUCACAAUUAUUAAUUCUAGAUUAUAAUAUAGCUAGACAUUUUCUAGUCAUUUGUUGUUGUUCUUUAUAACUGAAGAAACUUUUGAUUUUUUACCCGAUAUACUUUUAAAUUAUCUGGUUGUUACUGUAUGUGGUUAAAUUAGCUCAAAUCACACUUAGUUGUUAGCCUACAAAUUGGUGUUUAAUUACAUAAACUUAUUAGUUUGAAUCGCCAACUAACAGAACUUUGAUCUCCAACUUUGAAAUGACCAUUUCAAAUGAACAUACAGAGUUUCUCUCCCAAUUUAAACGAUAUACCAAUUUUAAAUUGUUUAGUUGUAAUUUUAUUCUCCCUGAGUAAUAGUUUUACUUCCUGAGUUGCUAAUAGAUUUUUUAUGAAUUCCAAAGAAAUAUGUUUAUUAUUUGCCUUUAAAAUUUAUGUUUUAUCGUAUUGGUAAAUCAUGUAGUGUAUGUAGAUACCACUUAUGCAAAAAGCUAAAUUUGGAAUGCUUUUAAAUUUAUCCAUUCUAGAGCUAUUGUACUGUAGAAAUGAAAUUAUUUGUUGUUUGUUCAAUCAUAAGAUACACAGUUGCAUAGUGUUUACAAAUUCUAAAAAAAAUUGAAUAAACUAAUUUUUAUUUUGGUA